AUGCAAUCCCUCGUAGUGAUUUAGACAGCAUCAUUUGGGAAUCCACCUUCCAUAACGAAAAGGCAGGACAAAUCAAGCAGAAGAAGCCGAUAUGAGAAAUUGAGGGACAAGGAUCAAGAACAACUACUUAAAGCACUGCAAACUAGCAUUGAUGAUUAUUCCUCCUAUCAAAAAUCAACUUGUUUUCAAAAUUAUUCAGACCUUCUCACAGUUUUCAGUUCAUGGCAAUGUCCAUAUGGGUGGCUUAAAAUUGUUCAGGAUAAAGUUACUUGGUUUAAGUUAGAAUAUAAACCAUCAAGCAUCAUAACUCAGUCUUUAGUAAAGAUCUCAAUG